AAAACAUAAAAGUAGCCACAUGGGAUAGGUUUACCCUAAGUAGAAUAUUAAUUUUUGGUCCAAGUGUCAUUGGGAAGAUAGCUGUAGAUUGCUCAUAGAUGCCUCAAGAUUUCCCCUUCCUUUCUGUCCUUUGUGCUACCUAAAUGGGAAUGCUGGAUAAGCCGUACAUGUUUUCUUUUUGUUCUUUCCAUCUUAUUACUCUAGGAAAGAAGUGGGGAUUCUAAACCAGCACCUGUUGUGGAAUGGAUGGCAGAAAGGAGGCUGGAAUGUAGCUCUGCAGCUCAAGGUUUAGCUAUACUUAUCCCUGUUUGGCAGAGUUUAGGAUAGAGUCACCCCCCUCUGAAGGAUCAGGCAAAGAGAUGGCUUUGGUUCCUUAUGACAGCACAGCUCUUUGGGGUAUGCAGAAGUUACAUAAAUCUUCCUCUACGUUCUGUUUUGCCAACCAUACAAUUCACAUUAAGCAGAAUUGGACGCAGUUGGGAGUAGCUGCUGUGGUGUGGGAUGCGGCAGUGGUCUUGUGCACUUUCCUGGAGACAGGAGGCAUUGAUCUGCAGGGACGCAGGGUGAUUGAGUUAGGAGCUGGGACAGGCCUCCUUGGAAUUGUAGCUGUGUUACUUGGUGCUCAAGUUACAAUCACAGACCGAAAGCCAACAUUGCCCUUACUUGAAGCAAAUGUGCAAACUAAUUUACCUGUCAACCUUCAGUCAAGAGCAGUAAUAAAGGAACUUACCUGGGGACAAGAUUUGGUAGACUUUUCUCCAGGAGAAUAUGAUAUUAUCUUGGGUGCAGACAUAGUUUACCUAGAAGAAACAUUUGCAGACCUUCUUCAGACACUGAAUUAUCUCUGCUCUUUUGAGACUGUAAUCCUGUUAUCAUGCCGCCUCCGCUAUGAGCGGGACCAGAAUUUCCUGAAGAUGCUUAGAGAACAGUUUACAGUGCAUGAAGUGCUCUAUGACCCUGGUAAUGAUGUGCAUAUAUUUAGAGCACAGAGGCAUGUCCUGAAGGGGGAUUUGUGAUUGGUCUGAUCAUGAAUUCUUGCCGGCUCAUGUCUUCUCUUUCCUUCUCAUUGCCCCAAUACUUGGAUCAAAACCUUUCAUACAACAUCUCAUGAGAAUAAAGUGAAACUAAUCUAUUUUUUGUUAUUUGGAGUUAAUUAGGUUGAGUUUCCUAUAAAUACUGUCUUCUUGAUUUACUCAUUGUUAAAAUAAAGAAUUAAUCGGGUGAGCCAUC